CCGCCGCCAUUUUGGGUUGUGUGGGUUUCCGAGACGCUCUGAGCUGGGCCUCGCCCGCGGAGGUUCCGCAAAUCGCCGGCCAGUGGUACGCGUCCGAGUGUCAGGUUGGAGCCGGGAAGCGUCCCUGGGGGUACCGGCGGCGGGGGCAGGAUGAGCGCGGAGGCGGCGGACCGGGAGGCAGCCACCUCCAGCCGGCCCUGCACCCCGCCGCAGACCUGCUGGUUCGAGUUCCUGCUAGAGGAGUCGCUGCUGGAGAAACAUCUGCGCAAGCCCUGCCCGGAUCCUGCACCAGUUCAACUUAUUGUUCAGUUUUUGGAACAGGCUUCCAAACCUUCAGUAAAUGAACAAAACCAGGUGCAGCCUCCACCUGAUAACAAGAGAAAUCGUAUUUUAAAGCUACUUGCUCUUAAAGUUGCUGCACAUCUGAAGUGGGACUUAGACAUAUUAGAGAAAAGAUGUGUACCUUUUGUUUCUUUAAGUUUGUCUGUUCCAGUAUUGAAUAUGCUGCUAAAUGAACUGCUGUGCAUCAGUAAAGUUCCUCCUGGGACAAAGCAUGUGGAUAUGGAUCUGGCCACUUUACCUCCGACCACUGCCAUGGCUAUCCUUCUCUACAAUAGAUGGGCAAUUAGGACAAUUGUUCAAAGCAGUUUUCCUGUCAAGCAGGCCAAACCUGGACCUCCUCAGUUAAGUGUCAUGAAUCAGAUGCAACAGGAGAAAGAACUAACAGAAAAUAUUUUGAAAGUACUAAAAGAGCAAGCUUCUGAUUCUAUUUUGGUACUAGAGGCAGCCCUUAAAUUAGACAAGGAUCUUUAUGUCCACACAAUGAGAACACUAGAUUUGUUGGCAAUGGAGCCAGGCAUGGUAAAUGGAGAAACUGAGAGUUCUACUGCUGGAUUGAAAAUCAGAACUGAGGAGAUGCAGUGCCAGGUGUGUUAUGAUUUGGGUGCAGCAUACUUCCAGCAAGGCUCUACAAAUGCAGCUGUUUAUGAAAAUGCCAGAGAAAAAUUUUUUAGAACCAAAGAACUAAUUACAGAGAUAGGUUCAUUAUCUCUUCAUUGUACCAUAGAUGAGAAGCGGUUAGCGGGCUAUUGUCAAGCGUGUGAUGUUCUUGUACCUUCUUCUGAUAGUACAUCUCAACAGUUGACACCAUAUAGUCAAGUCCAUAUUUGUUUGAGAUCUGGCAACUAUCAGGAUGUAGUAAAGAUUUUUAUUGAAGAUAACUUAACCUUCAGUUUACCUGUCCAGUUCCGGCAGUCAGUACUAAGGGAACUCUUUCAGAAAGCUCAACAGGGAAAUGAAGCUCUAGAUGAAAUCUGUUUUAAAGUCUGUGCCUGUAACACAGUCCGUGAUAUAUUGGAAGGUAGAACGAUUAGUGUUCAAUUUAACCAGCUAUUUCUUAGACCUAAUAAAGAGAAAAUAGACUUUCUUCUUGAGGUGUGUUCAAGAUCAAUAAAUUUAGAAAAAGCUUCGGAUUCUUUGAAAGGAAACAUGGCUGCUUUUCUAAAGAAUGUGUGUCUGGGGUUGGAAGAUCUGCAGUAUGUUUUCAUGAUUUCUUCACAUGAGCUUUUCAUUACAUUGUUGAAAGAUGAAGAACGAAAGCUACUUGUUGAUCAGAUGAGGAAGAGAUCCCCUAGAGUAAAUCUGUGCAUUAAACCUGUAACUUCAUUUUAUGAUAUCCCAGCCUCAGCAAGUGUCAACAUUGGCCAGUUGGAGCAUCAGCUGAUAUUGUCAGUGGAUCCCUGGAGGAUUCGACAGAUUUUAAUUGAAUUACAUGGUAUGACUUCAGAGCGCCAGUUCUGGACAGUGUCUAACAAGUGGGAAGUACCUUCUGUUUAUAGUGGGGUCAUCCUGGGAAUUAAAGACAAUUUAACAAGAGAUUUGGUUUACAUUCUGUUGGCCAAAGGUUUACACUGCAGUACUGUUAAGGACUUUUCCCACGCCAAACAGUUGUUUGCUGCUUGUUUGGAGUUGGUAACAGAGUUCUCGCCAAAACUCCGUCAGGUCAUGCUGAAUGAGAUGCUGCUUUUGGAUAUUCAUACGCAUGAAGCUGGGACAGGGCAAUCAGGAGAGAGACCUCCUUCUGAUCUUAUUAGUAGGGUGCGAGGAUAUCUGGAAAUGAGGCUUCCUGAUAUUCCUCUUCGUCAAGUUAUAGCUGAGGAAUGUGUUGCUUUUAUGUUAAACUGGAGGGAAAAUGAAUACCUUACACUGCAAGUUCCCGCAUUUCUGCUUCAGAGUAAUCCAUAUGUAAAGCUUGGACAGCUUUUAGCAGCUACAUGCAAAGAACUUCCAGGCCCUAAAGAAAGUAGACGGACUGCUAAAGACCUUUGGGAAGUUGUUGUUCAGAUCUGUAGUGUAUCCAGUCAACACAAACGAGGAAAUGAUGGCAGAGUUAGUUUAAUAAAGCAGAGGGAAUCUACAUUAGGUAUAAUGUAUCGGAGUGAACUACUUUCUUUUAUCAAAAAAUUACGGGAACCUUUGGUUUUGACUAUUAUUUUAUCACUCUUUGUGAAACUUCACAAUGUUCGGGAGGACAUUGUGAACGAUAUUACAGCUGAACACAUUUCUAUUUGGCCAUCCUCCAUCCCGAACCUCCAGUCAGUGGACUUUGAAGCUGUGGCAAUCACAGUGAAAGAGCUAGUUCGGUAUGCCCUCAGUAUAAGUCCAAACAACCAUUCCUGGUUAAUUAUUCAGGCAGACAUUUAUUUUGCAACAAACCAGUAUUCGGCAGCUCUUCACUAUUACCUACAGGCAGGAGCCGUGUGUUCUGAUUUCUUCAAUAAGGCUGUGCCUCCUGAUGUUUAUACAGACCAGGUAAUAAAACGAAUGAUAAAAUGCUGUUCUUUGCUGAAUUGCCACACACAGGUGGCAAUUUUAUGUCAGUUCCUCAGAGAAAUUGACUACAAAACAGCCUUUAAAUCAUUGCAGGAACAAAACAGUCAUGAUGCUAUGGACUCCUACUAUGACUACAUAUGGGACGUUACCAUUUUGGAAUACUUGACCUAUCUUCAUCAUAAAAGAGGAGAAACUGAUAAAAGACAAAUUGCGAUCAAAGCCAUCGGUCAGACAGAAUUGAACGCAAGCAACCCAGAAGAAGUGUUACAGCUGGCAGCGCAGAGAAGGAAAAAAAAGUUUCUCCAAGCAAUGGCAAAACUUUACUUUUAAACAGUUAGUUAAAAAUUUUUAAUUUUUAUUUUUUAAACAAUGGGCUAAAAAUAAACAGUAUUAGAUUAUAUAAUACAUA